UUAGGACUUAUGGCGGUUUGAUUUUGUUAGAGCGAGAAACUCUUACCUGUUUUUAUCAGGUGACUGAAAAUGAUUCACGAGCUGUUACUGGCGCUCAGUGGAUACCCAGGAGCGAUCUUUACAUGGAACAAACGGACAGGUCUGCAGGUGUCCCAGGACCUGCCUUUUCUUCACCCCAGUGAGACCAGUGUCCUCAACCGGCUGUGCAAACUGGGCUCAGAUUACACCCGCUUCACCGAGUUUAUAGAGCAGCACACGGGCCACGUUCAUCAGCAGGAGCAUCACACAAACCAGCCCAACCAGACGGGACUUCAUGGAAUUUACCUGCGGGCGUUUUGCACGGGGCUGGACUCCAUGCUGCAGCCAUACAGACAGGCCCUGCUGGACCUGGAGCAGGAGUUCCUGGGAGAUCCACAUCUGACAGUGUCUCAUGUGAAUUACAAGCUUGACCAGUUUCAGCUGCUGUUUCCUUCUGUUCUGGUGAUGGUAGAAACGAUCAAAUCACAGAAGAUCCACGGCUGUCAGAUCCUGGAGACGGUGUACAAACACAGCUGUGUGGGCCUUCCUCCUGUUCGCAUGGCCUUAGAGAAGAUUCUGGCUGUGUGUCAUGGUGUGAUGUACAAGCAGCUAGCAGCCUGGAUGCUGCACGGCUUGCUGCUGGACCAGAGCGAGGAGUUCUUCAUAAAGCAGGGCCCCGGUGCAGGAGGUGCUGCCGCCAAUCAGGAUGAGGAGGAGGACGAUCUGGGCCUGGGAGGUUUGAGUGGGAAACAGCUCAGAGAGUUACAGGACUUGAGGCUGAUUGAAGAGGAGAACAUGCUGGCUCCGUCUCUGCAGCAGUUCUCUCUGCGGACAGAGAUGCUGCCUUCUUACAUCCCCGUCCGAGUGGCCGAGAAGAUUCUUUUUGUAGGAGAGUCUGUUCAGAUGUUUGAAAACCACAACCACAGCCCGUCCAGAACCGGCUCCAUAUUGAAGCACCAGGAGGACCUGUUUGCUGCCGAGCUGCACCGACUCAAACAGCAGCCCCUCUUCAGCCUAGUGGACUUUGAAAACCUGAUCGAUGGGAUCAGGAGCACGGUGGCAGAGCACCUGUGGACGCUGAUGGUGGAGGAGGCAAACCUGCUGGAGCAGCUCAAGAUCAUCAAGGACUUCUACUUGUUGGGUCGUGGGGAGCUCUAUCAGGUGUUCAUUGACCUGGCGCAGCACAUGCUGAAAACCCCUCCCACAGCCGUCACCGAGCAUGACGUGAACGUGGCAUUUCAGCAGGCUGCUCAUAAAGUGUUCCUGGAUGACGACAACCUCCUGCCCCUGCUGCACCUCACCGUGGACCACCAGGGCAAGGACAGCAAAGAAGUGUCGGGCCAAAGAGAUGGAGCCACCCCUCCCCAGGACACGUCUCCUCGGGAGGUCCCUCCCACCGGCUGGGCGGCACUCGGCCUCACCUACAAGGUUCAGUGGCCGCUGCACAUCCUCUUCACUCCUGCUGUCCUGGAGAAGUACAACGUGGUGUUCAGGUACCUGCUGAGUGUGCGGCAGGUGCAGUCACAGCUGCAGCACUGCUGGGCUCUGCAGAUGCAGAGGAAGCGCCUGAAGUCCAGCCAGACGGACGCGGUGAAGUGGAGACUCCGGAACCACAUGGCGUUCCUGAUCGACAACCUGCAGUACUACUUACAGGUGGACGUUCUGGAGUCUCAGUUCUCUCAGCUGCUCCAGCAGAUCAACUCCACCAGAGACUUUGAGAGCAUCCGACUGGCCCACGACCACUUCCUGAGCAACCUGCUGGCCCAGUCAUUCAUCCUCCUGAAGCCGGUGUUCCACUGCCUGAACGAGAUCCUGGAGCUGUGUCAGAGCUUCUGUUCUCUGGUCAGUCAGAACGUGGCGUCGCUGGAUGAAAGAGGAACCAGUCAGCUGGACCUGCUGGUGAUGGGCUUCCGGCGCCAGUCGUCACUGCUGUUCAAAAUCUUCUCGAGUGUGAGGAACCAUCAGAUCAACUCCGACCUCGCUCAGCUGCUGCUGCGUUUGGACUACAACAAAUACUACACACAGGCUGGAGGCACGCUGGGCGGGUAG